AUGGCUCUCAGGAUGCGUGCGCUGCGCGUUGAGUGCGUGGCCAAGCCGUCUGCGAAGCAGCUGAAGGCCCCCGUCGCCGCGCGCAACGUCGCGCUCACGGGGCUUGUCAGCAGCCUGCUGCUUGCGCAGCCGGCGCGUGCAGAGGACGCAGUGGACACGACCGUCGCGGCCGUGACCGAGGCUGUCAAGGUGUGCGGCAUGGGGGUCAAACCCCUCUUUGCAUCUUUGGAUUCCCCCGUGCUGCGCCAGGCCACCGGCUCCGCCGUGCGCACAGGGCUGGACGUGCUGGGCAGCGCCGCCAAGGCCCUGAAGGAGGGCUACGACGUGGCAUCCCCCUACAUCCAGUCGGGCGUGGAGGCGGUGACGCCCGCGGUCAAGGAGGCGGUCAAGGUCACGUCUGACGUGGCGGGGCCGGCCAUCCAGAAGGCGGUGCCCAUUGUGCAGGACACCCUCACCGGUGCCAUCAAGUCCACCGGCGUUGACCUGGACACAGUGUCAAAGACCACCUCCACCGUCGCCAAGACCGCCGCCGACGGCGCCACGGCCGCGCAGCCCCUGCUGUCCAAGGCGGCUGCCUUCCUGUCUAGCGCGUCCCCCCUUGAGCUCGGGGAGUACGGCCUGGGGGCGCUGGCGCUGUACCUGCUGGCGCCCCCUCUGCUGGGCGGCGUCGCGGGCGGCCUGCGCGGCUACGCGGGCGACAUCACCGCGGUGCAGGCGCUGGACGCGCUCAACAGCGGGGACACCCUGAUUGUGGACAUCCGCACUGAGAAGGAGAAGGAGACGAGCGGCGUCCCAGACCUGCCCGGGGGCGGCAGCAAGCUGGUGGAGCUGGAGCUCUACUCCAUCGCGGACAGGAAGCUGCGCGGCAGCCUCAGGGACGCGGGCUACAUCGAGUCCCAGGUCACCGCCCUGCAGAUCGCGUCCCUCAAGCGCGUGAGCAAGGGCUCCAAGGUGAUCCUCCUGGACCGCAACGGCUCCGCCUCGAAGUCCGUCGCCAGGGAGCUCGCCAAGCGCGGCUUCGGCCGCGUCUUCGUCGUCGACGGCGGCUUCGACGGCUGGGUGCGCUCCAAGCUGCUGGUCAAGCCGACCGCGGGCGCCGCGCUGCAGCCGCUGCCCAGCAUCGCGCGGACGAUCAGCUCCCGCCAGACCAGCCGCAAGGCGCUGCCGGCGCCCAGCAAGUGA